AGCCGCGGCGCGAGCGGGGCCCUCUCUCGAGCGCACCAGACCCCAGUCUCAGCACGAGACCACGAAAAACCGCCAACCGCCCGUUACUGCUCAUUUCACACCGGCGACGCGAACGGAGAGAGACACAGAGAAAGAUAAAGACAGAGGUUACUGAAGCGCCACUCUCUCUCGUUUGUAGAGGAGGUUUUGUGGCUCUCUAGCUGUUCGGCUAGCUGCAGCGGUGUGGGACUAGCAUAGCACAAGCUUUUGUAAUCCACAGCCGGCCUCAAACACACACAACACAAAGCGCGCCAGGACACGGAUCCGUUGGACGGAAUAAACGACAUACCUGAAGAGAGAGACGGGACCGGCGGAGACAGAGGCUGGUUCUGAGGGGUGUGGCCGCAGGACCAGACUCAAUGAGUUUCCAGCGACAUGUCAGAGAAGUCAGGGCAGAGCACAAAGGCAAAGGAUGGCAAGACAAAGUAUGCAACCCUUAGCCUGUUCAACACUUACAAGGGCAAGUCUCUGGAGACCCAGAAAACUGCAGUUGCUUCCAGACAUGGGCUCCAAAGUCUGGGCAAAGUUGCUGUCAGUCGACGCAUGCCCCCUCCGGCCAACCUGCCCAGCCUAAAAGCUGAGAACAAAGGCAACGACCCCAACGUUAGCAUUGUACCCAAAGACGGCAGUGGGUGGGCCUCCAGACAGGAUCAGCCAGGAGACGAACGGCAGCAAGAGACCCCUCCACCGCAGCCCAAGCCAUCUGUGCCCCAGACCACUGAAGCUCCUCUGGCAGGCAGCCGCUCCUGGGCCAACAGCAAACAGUCUGGGCAGCUGGACGGUGCAGGAGCUCCUCGCAUGAGCAGUCAGUUCCAUCAGGAGUUUCCGAGUCUGCAGGCGGCAGGUGAGGUGGAGAAAUCAGGUGAUCAGGAAGAUGAGCCCUAUGGACCGGGCCCCAGCCUCAGGCCUCAGAAUGUGGGUAGUUGGCGAGAAGGUGGCGGUAGGAACCUAAAUGUUGCUCCCAGCCCCUCUGAGACUGAAACUAAGCCUACUGAGGAGGCAGGGGUGGGUCGAGGCACACCUUCUCCCUCCUGUGAUUCUGAAGAGACAGGGAAACCCUCUGCUGUUGAGGGCAGAGAACAGAGAGACAAACUCCCAAGUACAGGCCCUCAGCAUAAACUCAACGGUGGGCAGCAGCCACCAGGAGGCAUAUCGUCAUCUCAGUUCAAUGCCCAGUUCAGGAGCAUGAUGCCCCCAUAUAUGUUUAAUGCAUACCCUCGAGGGCCCUUUCCUCCUGCACAAGGCAACAUUAGAUACCUUGGACAACAGGAAAUAUCAAAGGGUCCACGGCCUGUUGGAAGACCCUUCCACCCUCCAUCACAGACAUGGCUGCAGGAUCCAGACAGGCCAUCAAUCGUUAGUGCCACUGAAUUAAAAGAGCUAGACAAUCUGGACACUGAUGCAGAUGAGGGCUGGGCAGGUGCUCAGAUGGAAGUUGACUAUUCUGAGAAACUGAACUUUAGUGAUGAUGAGGAGAACCAUUCGGCUAAAGAGAAAGGAGAUAACUGGGAGUGGAUGACUAAAGUUGACCGUAUGCGGCCAAGAAAAACUGAUGCCCAGGAGGGAUGGAAAGGAAGAGUAGAGGAGAGGAGUGAAGGCAAGAGCUCAUGGGCAGAGAGUGGAGACCCCAGAGCUCCCUCCCCUGGCAAUAUUGGCCAUUAUAGCAAGACCGCACCUUUGCAAGAGCAACAGGGCCAACAAGUUGGACGUUCUAUGGGAAGUGGCGGCACCCGGGUUGCUAAACAGUCCACUACAGCACCUCCUGCUGCUGAGGAGGAAACAGAGGCAUGGCGACAGAAACGGAAGAAGCAGUCAGAGCUGUCUGAGGCAGUGGAACGUGCACGUCGACGGCGUGAGGAGGAGGAACGGCGCAUGGAAGAACAGAGACUUGCUGCCUGCAAAGAGAAACUCAAACAGUUAGAGGAGAAACGGCGACCUUCCACGACUAUAGAAACUACUAAACCAACUACGCAAACUCACAGUGAUCCCCAGGAAGUGACUGAAACUGUGCCUAAACUACCUGCUGAAACUCCUCCCCCUCAGCCUCCACCUCCCAUUGUACAGCAGCCCUGCCCUCCCAAGCCAACCCACGAAAGGACAGAGCCCAUUGUGGAGGAGGUUCCACAAUUCAUUACCCGACAACCUAGCCCUCCUGUCCUCAGGGCUGCUCCUGAACCCCAAAGCAAAGUUGAUACUGCUGUAACUGAAGAGGUCCACAGACAGGUGGAGAGACAACCAAUGAGAGACUACUUUAGUUCCGAGGAGUCACGAGUUGAGGAGCCUCAGUUGUGUCUGUCCAGACUGGAUCACUCUGUUGGUGAAGAUGCACCAAUUCAACAACUGGAAAAUGAGGGAGACACAGGGACUGCUAUUCGCCCUUCAGUCACCUCUGGAUACUCAAAACAGUUCCAGAAGACUUUGCCACCCAGAUUCCUCAGACAACAGGAACAGCUUAAACAACAACAGUGGCAGCAGCAGCAGCAGCAGCAACAGGGUGGAGGAGGUCCAGUCUCUCCCUCAAGGGGUUCUGUUCCCCCUCAGCACAGAUCCCUCUACCAACCUCUUGGCCCCCACCAUCAACAUCUUGCCUCUAUGGGUUUUGACCCACGGUGGAUAAUGAUGCAAUCAUAUAUGGACCCCCGAAUAAUGUCUGGACGGCCACCAAUAGACAUGCCUUCUAUGCACCCUGCAGGGAGAAUGCCUCCAAAACAAUUGGUACGACGAGACCCCACAGACAACAGCAGCUCUGGUUCGGACUCGUUUGAUCAUCUGACCCGUCCAAUUAGAGAACAUGGAGUUCCCAGUGAGCCUCGAAUGGUCUGGGGUUCUGACCCUUAUCCCCAAACGGAGGGCUUGACCUCCUCAGUGACUACUAAAGUGCGAGAUGAUAGCAAGGAGCCAAGACUGGACACUGGUUUGGAGCUGGACGGAGGUCUUUCAGGUGUCUACCCUCAAGACCAUAGCUCUCUUGAGCCUCCGAGCAAGAGUGACUUCUUCAGGGAUUCAUCUGAGCCCUUGUCUGCCUUUAGUCAUGUUUCGGAAGAGUUACCAAGUCUCCAACAGACUGAUAGAGCACCAGUCAUCUCUUCCUUUGAGCCCGAGGAGGCCAGCCUCUCAGCUUCAGAGGAGGUUGAAGCAAUUGGACAGGCUGUACUGAAAAGGAGCAUUUCUCAAGGAUCCAGUCACUCUCUGAAACUGGAAGAGCCAAGAUUUGAAGGAUUUGCCUUGGCGCAGAAGCCCCUUGACUUUGCUGAUGCUGCGGAAAGACCAGAGGACAAGUCCAGAAAGGAUUCAUGUGGUCAGGGGUCUGUGAUCAACAACCGUGCCACCCCUCCUGUAGCCAAUGAUGGUUUGCACAAAACAGACAAACCACUCUUACCUGCACCCAGCAAGCAGAAGACAGAGAUGCGCUGGGGAUCCCGUGGGUCCGGACCAGGGAGGAGAGAUGGACCCGGAGGAGAGCGUCCAAUCAGGAGGUCUGGGCCUAUUAAGAAACCUGUUUUGCGGGACAUGAAGGAAGAGCGGGAACAGAGAAAAGAGAAAGAAGAGAAACAUGAACGAGGGGAUCGAUCGAAAAAAGAGAGUGCUGCUCCGAAAUGUGCUUCUUCAGCUGCUGUAGUGUCAUCUGAUGUGCAGAAGACCUCUGGAGAUGGGAACAAAGGAAUGGUAGAACCUGAAGUGGGAGCAGCCACUGCUGUUGUGAAAUCCAGAGAUCUACAGGCAACAGCAGGUUCUGCAGCUGCAUCUGUUGUGAAUGAAAAGCCAGACAAGCCUGCACCAAGUGACAAACGUCCUGAACCCAAACUACCAUCUCGCAAAGACUCCAACCUCCCAAGAGCUUACAGGAGAGAGGAGAGGGAGCGAGACAGAGAUCGGGACAGAGAUCGGGACCGAGAGAGAAACAGAGACACAGAAAGGGAGAGAGACUGGCAUUCUGAUGCCAAUUUUAAAGCCCGUGGUCGGGGAGAGUACUAUUCCCGUGGCCGGAGUUACAGAGGCAGCUAUGGUGGGAGGGGCAGAGGUAGUCGUGGCCGGAGUCGAGGGGAGUAUGCAUACAGAGAGCCACGGUCACGCUCUGACCUGCCAUAUAAUGCUACAGGGACAGCUGUUUUCCGCUGUCGGGAAGAGAGUGAAACGCGUAGUGAGAGCUCAGACUUUGAAGUCUUACCCAAGCGCAGACGCAGGCGAGGCUCAGACACAGACUCUGAAAGUGAAGGCAGAGAAUCUGCCAGUGACACUGGAGCAUCGGAUCGUGAGCCCAGCACCAAACCAAGCAGACCGCUCCGUCGUGAGCUGCCAGAAUCUCGCUCUUCUAAAUUGGCCUCAGGCUUUUCGGCUGGAAAUUUUUCAGAAAAAUCAGGAUCCAGGGAUGAGGAUGGGCGGCCAAAACCAGGUUUUCUGUUAAAGGGUGAGGCGGCACGCCGGGGCAGGGGAGGCUUACACAGCACGAGAGGAGGUGGUAGGGAGAGGGGCAGCCACAGGUCUGCUCCUUUCCGUCGGGCUGCUGGCAAGGAGGGUUCACAGUGGCCCUCAAAGCCCAUGGAGACCUUCCGGCCAGAGGAAGCAGAAUUUUCUCGCACUGAUGGCACACCCUCCGAACGACGGUACAACAAAUAUGAAAACAAGAACUUUGGAGAAGGUGGACAAAGCAUUAGGGAGAGACCUCGUAGACCACGGCCAGUCCGACCUCCCAGACAGGACAAGCCCCCACGAUUUCGGAGGCUUAAAGAGCGGGAGGCAGUGGGGAAUGCUGGGGAAGAUCUACAUCCUACAUCUGUCUCCCUAAUGCUGUCUAAAUCCCCUGGAACUCAUGUCACUUUGCCUGAGGGUGCUGCUAAAGCCAGUGCAGCACCACCUCUCACUUCUGGUGUGACUUCCCCUGAACUUCCUGUUACAGAGGCGGUUCUUCCUGAAAUGGGAGCCGUCACAGUAGUUGCUGCUGGCAGCAAAUCACCUGACUUGUCCAAUCAGAAUUCCUCUGACCAGGCCAACGAAGAGUGGGAGACGGCCUCUGAGAGUAGUGACUUCAACGAACGGAGAGAGCGAGAGGACAAGAAGCAACUUGAAGUAGCUGUGACGGCAACAGUUUCCUCUUCUGCGCCUCCACAUAUCUCAAGGGUACAGAGCAAGUCACCCACAGAAGGUGUAGCAAUCCUGAAACGAGAAUCAGCCUCGGCAGCCAAGAGGAGCUUCUCCAGCCAGCGGCCUGUAGAUCGACAGAAUCGCCGGGGAAAUAGCGGGCCUAAAGCAGGCCGAGGGUAUGCUGGAAACAAGGGCGAGAGAAGGGGAGGAUCUGGAGCCAAAUCAGGACGCAGAGGUGCACCUUUGCAGAAUCCAGAGACUGUUCAGCCAGGGACAGGUCAAAAGAUGGGUAAAGAGCCACCACCCAGCCGCCGGAAAGAGGAGGCAAAACAAGCUGUUAAAAAACCCAAAGAGAAGGAAAAUGCUCUGUCUCAGUUUGAUCUCAACAACUAUGCCAGUGUGGUGAUAAUUGAUGACCACCCAGAAGUCACAACACUUGAGGACUCUCAGUCAAACUUAAACGAUGAUGGGUUCACUGAGGUUGUUUCAAGGAAACAGCAGAAACGUCUGCAGGAUGAGGAAAGAAGGAAGAAAGAAGAGCAAACUACCCAGAACUGGUCUAAGAAGGGCUCUGGAGAAAAAGGCAGAGGUGGCGGCUCAAAACUGCCCCCACGGUUUGCCAAAAAGCAGCAGCAACAACAGCAGCAAGGAAUGGCAGCAGGACAGCAGCAGCCUUCAGCUCCACAGAUCCAGGCUGUGUCUCAGCAGCCUCAACCACAGCCAGCUAUCUCUGUGUCUCAGCACAGCCUGCCUGCCUCUAACCAGAGCACCAGUUCGCCCCAGCCUCUCGAGGUCGCUGUAGCACCCUUACCCACUGCACCCGUAGACUUCCCUCCAAAGAGCCAGAUGCACAACACUCUUGGUACCGAACUGUGGGAGAACAAGGUGGCUGGUUCCACUGUUCUCCCUGAUGUCAAGAAACUUGGACCUAUCAGCCCUCCCCAGCCUCCCUCUGUCAGUGCCUGGAAUAAACCUCUCACUUCAUUUACAGGGACCAUGACACCAGAGGGUGUGAAAGUGGGCACAGAAAGUGGGGUUGAGCUGGGCAUGGACAACAUCCAGUUUGGUGCCCCCUCUUCAGCAGGCAGCACUGACAGUGAUGGAGUGCCCGUCCUGCUGGAGAAAACCUCUGACAAUAAACUACCCGAACCCAAAGAGCAGAGACAGAAACAGCCCCGCGCUGGACCUGUCAAACCUCAGAAGUUGCCUGAUAUCUCCCCGCCAGAGCCCAAGGAAUAUAAACCCGGACCCAUCGGUAAAGAGCGUUCACUCAAGAAUCGUAAGGCUGCCAAAGAUGUGCGUCAGUCUGAUGGAGAGGACCUGGAUAAAGGUGUAGCUGGAAGCAACAGAGACAGAGACUCCAGCUCACCCAUUAAAGACAAAGUUCCUGACCUGGGUGGAGAUAUUGAGGGCAUGAUCACCGCUCCAUCAGCGGAGUACUCCAGCAGCUCGAAGGAAUCCGUGACUGACUACACAAUCCCGUCAUCCUCCUUGACUGACAAUGUCCCCACUGCAGGGACCAAGAUGGAGGAAAGCCUUGUGACACCUGUCCUCCCUCACACAUUGCCUCUUCCACGAAGAGAAACGCUUCAGCAGAGCUCCAGCCUCGCUACCGUUGACCUCACACUCAAAAUGGAGUCUGCACGUAAGGCAUGGGAGAACUCCCCCAGUCUUGGAGAGAAGAGCUCACCUGUCACUUCUUCUGCCUCCCCCAUCACCAGUGGAGGAGGAGCCGGCGGUGCCUCCUUCAACUCCUUCUCCAGUGCUUCAGUGCCUCAGAUACCUGUGGCCUCUGUCACCCCCAGUACCUCCUUGUCCGGAUCUGCGACAUACACAACGGCCUCUCUCAGCACAAAGAGUACAUCAGCGUCUGACCCCCCCAACAUCUGCAAGGUAAAGCCCCAGCAGUUGCAGAGUUCGGGAAUGUCCAGCAGUAACUUCUCCCAGCUGGGUUGUGUGCCCUCUCUCUUACUACAGCAGCAGCAACAGACCCCACAGGUGUUCGUAUCCCAGUCUGCAGCAGGUUCUGCAGCCCAAAUCCCAGCCUUCUACAUGGAUACCAGCCACUUGUUCAGUACGCCUCACCCUCGCCUGGCUCCUGCAUCUAUAGCCCAGCAGCAAGGUUAUCAGCCUGGACUCUCACAGCCCACAGCAGUGCAGCAGAUACCCAUUCCCAUCUACGCUCCUCUGCAGGGGCAGCACCAGCACCAGGCCCAGCUGGGCCUCAGCACUGGUCCUCCUGUGUCUCAACCUCAAGAUCUCUUCAGCUCCUCCAUGCAGACCUACAGGUCUCAGCAGGCGUUUAUGCAAAACAGCCUCUCCCAGGCAUCUCCCAUGAUGCUGUCUGGCACACCGCUGCACAGUUACCCUGGGGUUCAGCCGCCAGAACUGGGCAAGCCCCAAUCUAACCUGGCCUUCCAGCAAACAUCAAACACCCAGCACAUCCCCAUACUGUUUGAGCCCCAGCUGAACCAGCCCUCUGGCAUCGGAGGAUCACAACUGAUAGACACGCACUUACUGCAGCGUCAGGGAAUGAGUCAGCACUCAAACCUGUACUCUGGUCAGGUCCAGCAGCAGACCAGUUACUACAGCUCCACACAGAGUCCCAGUUCUGCCCUGCAGCAGGUGACUGUUCCUAUGCCAGGUUCACAGUUGUCUUUGCCCAACUUCGGUUCUGGUGGUGGUCAGCCGCUCUUGGCUUUGCCUCCAACCCCUCCCCAAGCUCCACCUCCCAGCCUCAACCGUCAGCCCCCCAACAAUCCGCCCUACCGCAGCCUUAUGGGACAGAAUACACACAGCAUGAUGCAGCCUUCCAAUAAGAUGUGUGAGAUGGAUCUGAAGCUCUUCAGUGCUGGAAUGGAUAUGAAGCCUGGAACACCACCAGUCAGUGCAAGAAGCACUACCCCCACUUCUAGCCCUUAUAGGGCAAGUUCCACGAGUCCCAGUAGUCAGUCUAGCAAGAUGAACAGCAUGAUGUAUCCCAAACAGUUCCAGUCUGGAUCUGCAGGAAUGCGCAUUGCUCAGCACUUCCCAGGACAGUUCAACCCACAGGUCAGCUCCUGAACACACAUACAACACCAGUCCAGUGUUUUGACAUGUUUUGUGUUUUAUCGAGAUUUUGCUAAAAAUAUUGCUAACACUAAAGUUAGAUACGUUGCAAAUCUACCAAAGGCUGAAUAAGGAAGAGGAAAAUAAUUCAUAGUGCUUAAUGUUGCUCCCGAUGUGAUCUGCUGCACGUGUGUGGCACUUCAGAUGAAAGUGCCAGGUUAACAACACGGAGGCUGAUAUAAAAGACAGUGGUAAUAUUCCCAGUUGUACACAGUGUGAU